AUUUCAGAGAUGGGGAAAAUAUUUUCCCGCCUUUUCGGCAAUAAAGAAAUGAGGAUCCUCAUGUUGGGAUUGGACAAUGCCGGCAAAACGACAAUCCUUUUCAAACUCAAAAUGGGCGAAUAUGUGACCACCAUUCCGACCGUCGGCUUCAACGUAGAGACGGUGACGUACAAAAACGUCAAGUUCAGCGUUUGGGACGUAGGGGGACAGGACAAACUCAGACCCCUGUGGAGGCACUACUACACCGGAACACAGGCCCUUAUCUUCGUGGUGGACUCGUCUGAUCGAGAUCGGAUCGAUGAAGCACGCCAGGAGCUGCACAGGAUCAUAAGCGAUCGGGAAAUGAAAGACGCACUCAUUCUCGUGUUCGCUAACAAACAGGAUCAUAAAGACGCCAUGCGACCGCAAGAGAUUCAAGAAAAAUUGGGGUUGACUCGACUCCGAGACCGGCACUGGUAUGUUCAGCCUGCAUGUGCGACUUCGGGCGACGGACUUCAGGAAGGUUUGACAUGGCUCACUGUGAAUCACAAGGGAUAAAUGUUCAAUAUAGCUCUUUUAGCGAUCAGGGUCGCGUCAUUUAGACAGGACCUGUAUCUGACGAGUUGGGCCUCGCUGCCUGGAACCUGUGGCAAACCACGAACAUCCAUGAAUGUCGGUGUGAAGGCAUUUGUUCUCCAGCCUGUGCAGUUGUCUUCCUCUAUAGACGAUUUUUACUUUCCGGCAUCUUUCGCACUGUCACGACUUAAAACCUGCAAGUGAUUCUUGAAUAUUUUAUUUUCGGUCUACGUUGUUGACUAGACGAGAAACAAAGCGAUCGGGAUGCCAUCAGAAGAGAAUAUCAUUCGUUGGAGCUUGUUGGAUAUAUCUUUUGCGGGAGCAAAAAUUGUGAUUCGCACGGCUCUCCCUGGAAUUCAUUGCUCGAUCGAUCGGGCGGCGUCUCGAGGGAAACACGAGCGGAGGAUCGAAGCUGGCCAGAAGCAAUCGUCCAACUAGGCAAAUGAACCGAAGACAGAGCGCUCACCGCGAGCUCCAAACGAGAAAAUGAGGAUUUAACUCGGGAAUUGAAUACCUUUGACAGUGUUGGAAAAUCUCUGGUGCCUUUACAGCGAACUACGCCGCGGCUUCGGCAUGAGUACGGGCGGCAUGAGUCCGUCAUUCCGUUGAAACGAGCCCCACAAUCGUUUGUUGUAGGCAUUUCAGACGCAGUGUUCGCCCAUGAGCUGCACGUCAACAGAACUGCUUGACAGGAAGAAAACUUUACCCUAGCCGGUAUCGUCAGAUUACAACUUUAGCAGCCAGCUAGGGCAAUAAUAGACAUACCGGACAGUACAUAAAUGUAAAUAAUAUAGAGCAGCGAGAGAAUCAGAAUUUAUCGGAAGAAGCUAGAGAGCUGAAGAAGUAACUCACUAUGAGGCGAAUAGAGAUUUUUUCCGGAAUCAGCUCGCAUAGGGGAGAGUCACCGCGCUGAGCGCCCUGGUUCGGGAUCGGGAAAUGUAAACUCGACGAUGAGAGAGUACGGGGCAGAAAGUUGGUAGCGAUGUAAAAAAAACGCAGGCGAUACAGAAGGGAAUGAGAUCAAGCUAAGGAGACGGAGAUUCCUGCGAAUAUGUCGUCGACCUCGGAUAGUUUAUGGCGGAAAUAUAUGAGUAAAUGUACAGCAGUGUGGCAGGGGAGUACAAGAGGGACAGUUUACAAUAAAUAGUUUCGAUGAUUAUAAAUCGGAGA